UUUCGCAGUCGGUGUGAUUAUUCCGUACCGAGUUGAAUGGCGGCGGCCGCCUUUUACCGUGCGCGCACUCAAAUACAUAUACACUCGCACGAGGUGUACGCGCACAUACACGUGGACGACGACACUUUAACGAGUCGCCGGUGUCCCAUGGUCACCGCGGUUACUGUCGUUGUCGUUUUCGUCAAUUCCAAACGAUUGUGACUGUAGAUGAUCGCUGUUCGUUCGAAAUUAUUGAAGUAGUCUAUAACAAGUCGUUGCGAUAUCGAAAAAAUGUACGGAAAUACGUCUUAGUCGAAAUAAGUAGAAAAAAACGUCAGUUACUAUUGAUUGGCCGUGGGAUAGUUUUUGUUUUCUCUUGACGGCGGCGCGCGCGCUUCCCGCCGUCGCCGAGAACGACGACGAUACGGUGGCGGCAACGACAGCAUUUUUUUCGCCAAGUCGUUUCGUCCUGCUGUGAAGACUCCGCUCUGUCGCGGUCAGCUGUUCCGGCAACGGACAUCGACGGGACAACGAGUAGUAACAAUAGACUGUAUAACGGCCGUUUUCCUAUGAAAGCCAUUUGACUCAGCUGAUCAGCUGAUGACUAGACGGUAAUCGCCACUGUACUGCAGCCAACAUCCUAUUGAUGAUAAUAUUAUGAUCAAGGAGCAGAGCAAAUUUUUUGACAUUAACAAAAAUAUGAUGAAACCAAAAUCUAAACAUACAAUAAGACAUAUCUUAGAAAUGCCUUCUAUUUUACCACCAUCAAAACGACCAGCUGCAAAACCACCAGAUGAAUACUGGCCUAAAAAAAGAAAACUUAUUCUUCCUCCAGUUAAUAAACAGAAGUAUUUAGAGCCGUCGCCUUGGUUACAAACCAAUUUCCCAUUCAAAGCGUUUCAACACAAACUCGCCACUGACACUGCCGGUCCUGAAGACCUGUCAGUUCGGCGAGUCAAAUCAGCUAUUAUAAUGAAUAAGGAAGAAAAACUUCAAACUAAUAGCAAUGUCGCUGGAUAUGCGGCUCAUCAUACCGAUGGACAAAUGUUAUUACAGCCAUCUAAAAGGAAAUCCACCUAUGAUAGCCAAGUAAAGGCAAAAGCACAAUCUACAACAACCUCAGACGAAACUUUUUCAUAUAAAAAAAGGCGCCGUGCACUUAAACAAGUACAAGAAGUAAUGGAGAAAGAUAAAACUUUGACUGGCGAAGGGUCUAUUAGCACUAGCACUAUACAAAAAUCUAUGGUAUUACCCAAAAAGAGGCCAAUUGCUAGUAAUGGAAAUACUAGCUCAUCGGGUACGACCACGACUUCUAUACCAAAAAAACAAGCAAAAGCCAGUGGAGACGAUGCAGUUGAUGACGAAACACUUAUCAGAGAGACCGAAGCUGCAUUAAAAAGUCUAUCCGGCGGUUGGCCCGGAUCACGACACUCUUCAUUUUACAGAAACGCACACGACGACGACCGAUACGAGUCACCUGCAUUUGUAAACUUAUUUGAUGAAAAGAAAACCGUUCACACAGCAUCAAAUGUUGAUGAAAAUAAAAACACAUGUGAUUCAGCAUCUGAAUUAAAAUUAUCAGGCUCUCCCCAUCGAAAUACUCAAAAUGACAUCAUUAAAAUAGACAAGGACAAUAACGGUGAUCACUGUAAAUCACACAAAUCAGAAAAGUAUGCACCGUCCAAAUAUGAACCAGAUUUUAAUGAACUGGUUGAUGAUUCUUCAGACGAAUUGGAAAUAGAUAUGUCUGCUACGGGAACUGGUGACAAAGAUGAUGAAGACUCAGCCGGCGAUCGACUUCGACGCAAGUUAGACGUUGACAGACGCAACAACAAUAGCCAUUUACGAGCUGACGAAAUGUCGUUAAAAACUGAGUCUAGUAAUGCGUAUGAUACAUACAUGAUAGACAAGACGGCAUUUUCAGCAUUCCGUCCUGUUACAGGUGGAGAUGCAAAAGAUCGACUAGACUUGCCUUCUGCGGUCAGCGUAGCCAUGUCUCCUCUAGGUCCGUAUCCACCAGCCGGCGCUACUUUUGUAGUCGGAUAUACAGGCCCUACUACAGCUAAUAUGACCGGUCAAAUUUCACCAACAAAAAGCUUACAAGACGGAAAUUUGACAGUCGGAGAUACAAUACCAGUUGCACCAGUAAGGCCUGUUAGUGUGAAGCUCGAGGAUGACAACGCUUCAGAUAAACCUGAUAUAUCUUGUGGAGUAAAUAAAAUGGAUUCUCCGAGUCCAUUGUCCAAACAAUAUACGAUAUUACAACCAGCAGGUGCUGACUCAAGAGCAGCCACAGCUCUACAAGAAGUGGCCCGCGAAGGUGUUUUGGGAGCUUCUGUGGUCAGCGCAACAGGCAGCUUAUCUCCUAGAACAUCUGUUGGCACACCCAAACUUAACCACGUUGAUAACAUGAUGCCGGGAUGUAUGAUUAAAGACGGAAAUAAAUGUCCAACGCCUGGAUGUAUUGGUCAAGGUCAUAUUACUGGACUAUACUCACAUCAUAGAAGCUUAUCGGGAUGUCCCCGAAAGGAUAAAGGUGCAUCAGAAAUAUGCAAUAACAGUCUUGAACCUUACAAACAUAUUAACAAUAUUAAAGAAACAUACCAAAUAUAUGGUGACAACUGUGGAUCAGUCAGUAGAUCACCUAGUGCCGACUACUUGACUACUUCUUCGUAUUAUGGAUCACCAACAUCAGUAAAUACAAAAUCAAUCAUUAAGACAAAAACAUUGCACAAAGAUGAUGAUGCAGAAGAAAAACCAGACACAAAACAAUUACAGUUAAAGUCUGAAGUUGGGUGUUGUGACGGUACGAUAUCCACUCCAACACAAGAUGACACAAUGAAUAUUAAAUCAGAAAUGCAUUCAGUAAGCUCUUGCCGCUCAGUAACACCUCCUUGCAACCGACGUACGCCAAUAGCUAUGUCUUAUGAUCAUUGCCAUGACUCAAACUCAUCUUCUCUAUCGGGUAGUAUGGAAACUAUAAAUCAUCAUCAACAAAUCCAACAACACAACACUAUGACAACAUCAUCACCUCUUCAUUCCCAACAACAAAAUACGACAUCAUCAUCAUCAGCUUAUAUGAUGAUGGAUACAAAUUCUAGAUUACAGCACAGACCUUAUGAGACCCAACAACAACAAAUCAAUGGCCCAAGCCAACAAGAUAUGUACAACCGAGCAGAUCGAAGUUAUACAUUAACAAAUAUUAACAGACCUUCACCGUCUUACUCAACCGAAAUAGCAGCCACGCGUUCCUAUGAAGUUAGACCACCCUCUUACCCUAACUCACUAAACUCUUCGGCUGCCACUGUAGCUUCCUCUUCGUAUGGAGAUCGCUAUGGUUCUGAACAACAGUGUCAACGCUAUUCUUCAGAAUAUGGAGAUGCAUCAACUAUGUAUCAACCUCAUCAGAUAAUAAUGAAACCAGAACAAUCAGUUCCAAUGGAUGAUUCCAUUGAACCACCAUUGUAUCCCAGGCCUCUCUAUCAAUAUGAGGGUGCAAAUCCACCCACAUCCUCUGGACCAUCAGUUCAAACAGGUUUUCCAACAACAGCAGCGAUUAAUUUGUCUGUAAAAUGUAUCGCUGCUGCAAGUAGUGGAAUGAAACCACUGCCGUUUCCGCUACCACUACCUCUAACCCGUUCUCCUGGUACAGUUUCGGUAAUGGAUCUUUCUACGUCUAGCGUAACUUCAACGAGUCCACAGGCAAUCACAUAUUCAAAUAGCCUAAGUCCUCACCAUUACGGAGGAACUACUGGACAUCGUACUAGUCCAAACACAACAACUGCAAGUCCUCAAGUAACACAAGCCCCAAGUCCUCAAGGCCAAACUUUAGAUCUUAGUGUUAGCCGGGCACCCGGAAGAUUAGUGUUUUCAAGUGGAGCACCUAAUGGAUAUAGUAGAGAGUCAACGCCUGAAAGUGGAGGAUCGCACUAUAUGGACCAUUAUAGAGAUGUUAAUGGUUACACAUCUUUGAGUCCUCAUCCAGGAUACCCAAUGCCGGAAUAUGCUAACGGAUAUUCAACACCAUACAGUACGUCAGCAUACACUUGUGGUUAUUCCACAGGAGCUUAUCAACAAGGCGGACCACCAAAUGGUUUCUCACAAAAUUCAUGUUACAGUAUGCCACCACCUCAACAAGACAAGCUUUCAGUUUCCUCCAAAGAUGACAGCAUUUCUGUUUGUGCUCGAAGUGAUCGAUCUUCUUCACAGCCAGGAAUAUCAUCAACCCAUUCUCAAGAACUGAAGUGCCCAACUCCAGGUUGUGAUGGUUCUGGACAUGUGACAGGAAAUUACUCUUCACAUCGGUCAUUAUCUGGCUGUCCUCGUGCAAAUAAACCAAAGAGUAAACCAAGGGAUGGUCAAGAUUCUGAACCUUUGAGAUGUCCUAUACCUGGUUGUGAUGGAUCCGGUCAUGCAACUGGUAAAUUUUUAUCACAUAGAAGUGCAUCUGGUUGUCCUAUAGCAAAUCGUAAUAAAAUGCGUGUUCUUGAAAGUGGAGGAACUGUAGAACAGCAUAAAGCAAAUAUAGCUAAAUUACAACAACAGCAACAUCAACAACAGUCAGACCCAACUACUUGUGAGACAUCACAUAUAAAUUCUAGUCCAUUCCUCCAUAGAGGUACUCCUGCUCUUAGUGUUUGCCAUCCAGCUGCCCCUAACUUAGGAUCUAGUAAGAAAACAUUACCUUCAAAUGCAGCUGAUUCGUUGUAUCAUCAUAUGUAUGGUUCAAAACAGUUACAUAAUGAUUGUAAUAUGGGGAACGGUGGUGAAGAACUGUUUUCUUUGGAUGCUGAAAUAACAGAGUUACAACGAGAAAAUGCACGUGUCGAGUAUCAAAUGUUAAAAUUGAAGACAGACAUCAAUGCUAUGGAAGCCCACCUUCGACAUGGGGAUAAGGAAACACAAAUCUUAUCUCAGCAACGAAAUUCCCAUUUGAAUGGGUACUAUGAAAAUCUAAGAAGCAAUAUGAUGUCAUUUUUAGAACAAGUGCAUUAUCCUGACAAACAACCAUGUGAUAAAACUCAGCAUAAUAUUGAUAAUUGUUAUAUGUUGCAAAAUUUGUGUACUAAUCCUAAAACUAAUUAUAUAUCUUACAAUAAUUUGACUACAACUAUAACAGAUAAUAACCGUCCCCUGUAUGAAACUGUAAAAUCGGCAAUACAGGAUUAUAAUAUUUUACCACCAACUGCUAUAUAGAAUUAAGUAUUACAAACCUAAACGAUCUAUCUAUGUAAUACUUGGUAGAUGAUCAAAAAAUAUUAUAGUCUAUAUUGUAAAAUUUUCUAAAUAUAUUAUAUUUAAUUGUACAAUAGUAGUAUAAACACUUUAUAAUUGUAAUAACAAUUUUACAUUUGGAAUUCAAUGACCCAAAUUCAGUAGGCAUUUACAUAAAGUACAUAAUAUUAAUUUUAUUAAUUAUUAAUAUAUUGAUUUUAUAGGCUUAAUUAGUAAUAUUCAAUUUAAAAUUCCUGUAUGUCAUUGGAUUCUUUUUCGUGUAUAUUGUACAGAUAUAUAUUUCAGUAUUUUAAAAUAAUUGAAAAUAGACAUUUUUUACGUAAUCUAAUAUUUAUUACUAAGUGUAUAAAUGUUUUUCAAAUUAUGUAAAUCACCUAAUUUAAUUUGUAAAAAAUUGUUAUCUAUAUGAAACUUCUUGUGGUAAUCUAUCUACCCUAUUUCUUUUGUUAAUGUUUACUUAUGUUAAACCAUUUUUAUUUAAUUUUGUUUUAUAUAUCAGUUAUUUUAUUCAUAUUAAUUUUGUUAUUUUAUUGUUUUGUUAAUAACUAAAUAUGAACUGUUAAUUUUGAUAAAAAAAAAAAAAUUGCCCUAAUGUUAUUUUAUGUUUGGAUUGUAUUAUACAUUGUAUUGUAUGCGCCAAAUAUCAACUUAUGAUAAAUAUUAUGCAGUAUACAGAAUUCAAUAUUA